AGAGGGUCAAGGUCUCUUAAAAAAAGGCCCGGUCUGUAAAUUUUCUCCAUGGACUACGCGUGCUGUUUUGAGUACGUUCACCAGAAUCUGCUGCUGUAAACAGAAAAACAAACUGGAUGUUUGUUAACUGUGUCUACUCAAUUAAUUUGCAAGCGCUGCAAACUUCUAGCACCGAAAUGGCUCCAUAUUGUAGUUGGGAAGAAGUGGAUAGGUUCGUUGCCAAUAUCACCGAUCCUUAUACACUCUUUUUUCAUAUGAAUAUUGUUUAUAAGAAUAUUCAUCCAAUAUCUAAGAAUAUUAUAAGAAUAUUGCUCAGCCUCAGCUCGCGUAUUUGUCUUAUUUUUCAGCGAUCGCCUUUUUUGCGAUGUCGACAGCAGAUAAUUGUGUGACAGAAUAUCUUGUUUUCUCAAAAAGCAUGGUUUUUUGCGAAGGCGGGCGAUGUUCCCCUGAAACCGGACGUUUCGCUAAGUUGUACUUAAACUUUUUGGAUUCCUCGUAUAGCCCGGAUCCGGAUGUUUAGAUCUAAUCCUGGUAGCUUCCAUGGGUAAACGCAUUAUCAAUCAAGCUAUUCAUAACACAUUCAUAACCACUAAACAUAGUCAUGGGUCAUUGGUCAUGAUUAGGUAAGAGCGUGCAGAGCAGAUCCCUUCGGAAAAAUAUCUUUACUAAAACACAAGUUUUUAUAUUAACGAUUUUCUCUACUUUUUCUUCUGUUUACGUUCAGCAAUGUGUUAGCUGCUCUUUGCAGACAUUCUAGGAUAUUUUGAAUCGCAGGUGCAAUGCAGCAGAAGUGAUGUGAAACAGUUUUGGUUAAAGCAAUGAGAAUUCAAGCUCUGUUUACGGUGCUGCUUUUUGCAUCCAGCGUGUCUGCUACAAAGUUGCCGGAGCAAGGUAAGAAGCUAAAUCGAACUGGUAUUUCGAUCAGUCCGCUUGAAAAAAAAUCGAAUCCACCUUCAAAGGAUCUGAACGCCACUUUGACGGCCAAGUCAAAUGUACAGGAUGCUCCACAACAGGCAAAGCGUAAAUUGGCUGCUGCGGCGCAUCAUUUGCACAAACUAGCCAAAAAUGCCUCGCUAGCGGCAUCACAGAGGCAACUGAAGUUAGAGAACUUUGUCGAUAGCCACAAAGGUGCAAUUGUCCAUUUACUUAAAAAACUAUUGUUGCCAAAGCUCAAAGCAAGGGCUUUGCAGCAUUACCAUGGAGCUUUGUCACCAGGGCAACAAGCAGCACCUUCCACUGAGCCUUCGAAUGGUAAUCUCGAUAAAGAGGCUAUGAAUUAUGAGCUUGGGUAUUUCCUUGGUCUACAAAAGGCGUUUAAGAAUAGACAGAUGUUAUUGGGAGACACCGGAGAAGAGAAUCUUGUCCCUCUUAAGCUGACCAACCACCAUGGAACAAAAGCUGCUUUAAGUGACAGUGGUGGCCCUUUGACUGGUUAUACGUCAGUAUCAUUGCCAUUUCAUAAACUAAAAUCAUCUCCGGUACACGAGAAUUUACAGACUUUGUUUUCUCGUUAUGGAAUUCAGGACCCAGGUUUCUUGAAAAAAGUCACAAAAGCUGACGAGAGAGAUAUUCUACAGUUUGCUGGAAAGCACAAUAUGGAUGUAUUUGCAGAGCGAGGUGAUUUAAAGGGGAUAUCAGAUUAUUUAUCAAAACGUGCACACAUCAGUAGGCCGUCAAAAUAUGAAGAGACAAACGAAGGAACAUCGCAGAGGAUAAAGAAAGAUGAUAUUUUUGCACCGUCCGUUGUUGCAAAUGAGCCUGACCGUCAAAAAGAAGAUGACGAAAACCCAUCAGCGAUGGUAUCAUCUGGGCCAAACCCCCUGGAAGAUGUACCAACUCCUCUUCACAAAAUAGUUUCGCAAGCACACCAUAUCUCUUCUGGUGAACUUCAUGAUCUUUUGCAAGGAACAGGAGGGCAUGUCAACUGGGAUGAAAUAUCUGGGCUGAUCGGAGAGGAUGAGGAUAAAAUAAAAGAGAAAGCCCAGCAAUUUGAUGAUAAAACACCAGAAGUCGGUACGGUUUAUGGAGAGGACACAAAUGUCUUAACCGAAAAAGAUUUUGACGGUAGGCCUAAAGAGCAAGAAGUCGAUGGGGAAGAUAUCCAGAACGCUGGCUAUGGGAAAGAGGAUCAUGAAGUCGAGAAAAGGACAUUCAGCAAUUUCUUGAAGUUAGCCACACACAAUGGUUAUGAACAGAAUAAAAAUGAGCUGCGAGACGUUUUGAAACGAAUCAUUAGCAGAUUGUCCGAGAUUCCUGAAAGUCAUGAAGAAAAGCGCUUGCCUCUAUACGAGGUACCAUCGUAUAGACGAGGCUACGUUAGCCGUACACCAUUACCAAAUUACUACAGGUCUGUUUAUUCGGACUUCCCAAGUUACCCAGUCGAAAGGCUGUACCGACGAAAUACAGUUCCUCGGCCUUCCUAUGCAACGAAGCGGGCUAACCUGCCACAGCAGUAUUCAGUAUCGACAAUUCCCGUGCCUGGUGAAGAGCAAAUGAAUGGAGAAUACGGUUACAAAUCAGAACAACAGAAGCCAAUUACUGUUGAAACGUCAGGUGGCGUGGAAGCCUACGCUUUGCAAAAAGAAGAUGUUAGUCCAGUCCCUAAGAUCGAGAAUUACAUGGCUGCUCCAAAGGAUGAAACAUACGCAAACGCUAUUGCUAUGCUAAACAAAGGAAGCUCCAUCGAUGAUAGUCUUGGUGACCAUUUGCAGGCAGGAUUUCUACAGAGAUUUAUUUUGCCAGAAUCACCAAAAUUGUUCAGGAGAAGUCCUUUAAGUCGUUUCAGAUCGCCAAUGCUUCUGAAAUACCGAAUGAGGCUACGCAGGUCGGACUCUGAGCCAAAGAAGAAGCCACAAAGAAGGGGAAAACCAUCACCAACAAAGGUUUUUUCAAAUGUAAACAAAGCAUCGAAAAAGAAACAAAAAAAGUUGAAAUCGAAGAAAUAUUUGAAGGCAGAUACGCGAGAGAAGAGCCAAAAGAGCAAAGCAGCUCCAGAGGUAACCAGCAAAGGGUCGAAAAAACACGAAAUUAUGAGACAAAGUAGCAUGCCUUUUCUAUCUCAAUUGGAUAACUUGGUUUCACCGCCUGUUUUCGAGAGUCAGUCUCAGAAUUUCUUCACUCAAGGGGGCCACGAUCAAUCCAAACUAUUUAGCCAGCUGAAUGGCAACACAGUUCUAAUAUCAGGGCCACAAUCUGGUGUAGGGACAGCUGCAGGAAAGCAUUUUUCAGGUGAGCACACGAACAGACCUGCUUACCACCACAAACCGUUGCCUCAGAACCCCAAGAUGCUUGAACAAAUAAUUUCAAACCCCAGCAUGUCUUCACUGCGUACUGACUCGAUUACAAGAGGUGCGGGAAGAUCAAAGCUUAUUGGUAAUAGGCGAAUUUCCCCAGCUUUAGAUAUUUAUCAAGACCAUUCUGUAUCGUCCAAUGGUGACACACCAAUGAUGGAAAUCCAAAGUUUGAGGGCAAGUGGUGCUAUUCAGGGAAAGGACAGCAUGAAAGGGUUUCAAAAUUUCAAUGGUGAUAUCCGAAAUGGUGCUGAAACAGAAGGUCAGGGCACCAUUGAGAUGAGCAGUAACUAUGAAGUAGUCAAACCUCUUUCAGCGGGAGCAGAGAUGGAGGAGGGUGGCAUGCAAUCUGUCAAUGAAGAUUUUGUUUCCCAGCAGAACAAUCGCUUCAUGGAAGAGCCAAAAGGAGAUGACAAUACGGGGGCAAGUUCCAUUAGCAUGGAGGAUGUAUCCGGGGAAACAAAACAGGCAAUUUCAAACACAUUAGCUGCUAUGGACAAGCAGGGAAUUGCGGGAGCCAAAUCGGAGCUGGAGAGUUGCUGUCAGAUUGAUCCAAAAGCACCUUGCUGUGACCAGAACGGCAACUUUCGUUUAUUCAACAAUCAUAACCAGCCAACUUUCAUGGGUGGAGCCACAUUUGGGCAAUCAGUUGGGGGAUCCUCUGUUUAUGAUACACGUCCGAUGUCAGAUCAUAGCCUUGUUCAGACAAUGACAAGGGCUUCUCAAGGACUGGACGAAGAACUAGUAGCUGGGGGAGCUACCCAUCAUGGAUUGGAGGAUAGGGUUGUAAAUCAUGUGUAUUUGCCAGACGAAGACUUUGACGGCAUAGAUUGGAGAAAACUUCACCAGCCUGUCCAUGGACUGACGGGGUAUGAUGCACACAGUAAAGAGGAUAUUCAGUUGCUUUCAGAUCCAUUCUUUUCUCUGGGUGUUGGUGAACCAAUAGGUGACCAUUCCAAACCAUCGAUUGUGUCACAGUCCCUGCUUGGUCAUCCAGUCAACCAUUUCACAAAACCCGAUAACGUUGUCUCUUCGCAAACUGUAAUCACAACUCCAACAGUCACUAACGCCAAAGAUGCAGCGCAUGCAGUUUUGACUGCAGACGCAGUCAAUACCGCAAAAGCAAUUACAGCAGCUGGAGCGGUACAUGACAUACCAGGCGUGGCUGCGAAAGCAGAAGCAUCUCCAGGUCUUCAAGCACCAAAUGCAGUCCAAGGUUCUUCAGUUGCCAUUGCCGCAGCUGCCGCAGCCGCCGCCGCGUCUAGUAAUUCUGGAAAUAAUACAUCUGGAACACACGAGCAACAACAUAAUGCGUAUCUACAAAACGUACACAAUUUGCAUAAGGAAAUCGUUGCAAACGCAGAGCAAGCCGCCUCAACUGUAGGAACCGUUAUAGCAAACGACGUUAAGAACACUACGCAUACGCACUUCAUUGCGGAUGUCAAAGAUGCCGCCUUAGCCAAGAUAAAAGACAAUAACGCGCACGCUGCGGAGCUUCAACAGCUCGCAAACACAAUAAAGAGUGGGAAUAGCAAGGUAGCUGCGAAGGCAAAUAGCCUUGUAAAUAAUGCUGCUGUGAUGGCAACCCAGAACUUGGAGGUUCCAGUGACACCACGGCUAGCAAAUGUGACCAGCAAUAUAGCAGGCCAUGUCUACUCAUCCGAAGAAAUGAUUCAUUCUCUCCAAGACCCUCGUAUAAAAGCAUUCGAUGAUCUUGAGGUGGAGGCUAACAAGUUGGAGGACCUUCAUCAUAACUCGCUGCACAUGGGGACUUACCUCAAUCAAGAUGCAUUGCAUUCAAUGAACCCUGUCAGUAUCAGCAAAAUUCUAUCUCACGGCCACGUUGAUGCCAAUAUGCAUGUUCCAGUAGUAUAUGGGAAUUGGCACGCGCCUGCACAAGAUCUGGAGCAUGGUCACGAUUCAUAUUCAUCUCAUUGGAACCAGGUCCAACUUGACUCUCAUCCAGAACAGGUGGAUAUGACGCCUAUGACGCCCGGCGGAAUCCAAUUCACAAACCCAGCAACAGCUGAUGUCCAUGGCUUUACAGGUGUGGGUCUUCCAACUAAUGCUGGAGUAGGGACAGCUGGUGGUGCUGUUGGUAUCGCAGCUGGCACCGCUGCAGCUAACGCGGUUGGUGCUGGUGCGGGUAACGUGGCUGGUGCUGGUGCUGGUGCUGGUGCUGGUGCUGGUGCUGGUGCUGGUGCUGGUGCUGGUGCUGGUGCUGGUGCUGGUAACGCUGCCGCUAGCAAUGCAGCUGCUGCAAACGCUGCCAUUAGCAAUGCCGCCGCAGCAGGAAUCGCAGCUAAUGGUAAUGGUGGAGCACCAAGUGCCGGUACUGCAAAUGCUGUUCCUAAUAUCUUGGGAAAUGCGGCUGCCAGUUCUGGUGCAGGUCCCGCAGCUAAAAAUGCUGCUGCCGGUGCUGCCGCAGCUGUUGCUGCUGUUGCUGCUGCUUAUCCAGCAAAUGCUGCAGGAAAAAUGGAAUUUGGUGCAGGAAAGACGGCUGCAAACAACAUUGGUAACGUCGGGGGAGUUAUGAAGCAAGGCACCGUUGCUGCAUCUACAGCUAAGGCAGUUUCAUCUUCAAAGGACAAAAUUGUCGCAGAAGGUGGUCAAGGAGGCUACCCUGAUCUUACAGAUAGUGACAGUGAUAAGCGGACUACCUCUACUGAAGAAAGCUUUGACGAUGAUGUAUCCAAGAAGAGUGACAGCAAGAAAAUAGCUAAAGAUAAGCAGGAAGAAACUGGAAGCGGCGAAGGCUCUGGCCUAGACGCGUCGACAGCGUCAACCGCUGAGGUUGAAGAGGGGAGCAAGAUUCAAUUCAAUUCAAUAAAUAAUGACGAUUUUCAAACAGCUCAAGAUGGCCAGAGUCAACAAGAAGAUACAUUGGACGGUAAAGCAACAAUGGAAUUCAACAAGACCAACGAUUCUGGCCCGGGUGAAGAGGAAACUGAGAAGAGUAUCGAAAAUUCACCAGCAGGUAGCUCCGGGACCUCUGAAGAGUCUAACGUAACUGCAGAUGAUAAAGCUACCAGCCUGGAAAUUGGGAAUUUAAAAGAGACAAAGGUGAAAAACUUCACGGAGGGCGCAGCUCCUGUAGAUAACGGAGACGGUUAUAAAAGCUUUGUCACAAAUGCAGACGUAAAGAACAGGUCAGCUAAAGAGAAGAGUCCUAAAAAUGGUGAAGACGAGGGUUUGAACACUGAUAAUGAGGCUGGCGCUGAUGAUGAAGGAAACGGGAAGAAUAGUCCAGAAGAAAAGGAGAGCGAGGAUGCGAAUGCAGAAUCGAGAACUUCCGAGAAAGCAUCAAAGCAUGCGGAUAAAGGAGAGACGUCUGCAGAAAUUGGAGAGAAUAUAGCUAGUGAUGAAGCCCUUCGGGGGAACAAGACACCAGUGAAGGUGAGACGUCCCGCCAAAACAACUAGGCCACGUAAGAAAAUAACAUUUCUAAGAAGAAAAGGAUCAUUGCACAAAACUGGAAUAACAAAACAGCAUACUCAUGUAAAUAGAGUAAAUAAGGUGGUUGCAAAGGUUAAGGCUAAUAAACCAGCAGAGAAAUUAAGCAAUUCAUCUGAAUUCUUUAUCGGAAAUCGCAAAAAUAUCAAAUCAGAUCUAAAGAAGGAAAAAGACCAAAGCCAAGAGUUCUUUACUCCAAGAAAUUUCAGCAAGAAAGUUGACAAUGUCAAAGUAAGGAAGAAGAAUUCUUCAGAGUUUUUCUUGAUUAAAACUAAUAACCUUACCAACACGGAUCCAGUCAACGACGAGGAAAUUUUCACGAAAGGCAAGGAGCAAACGGAAUUUUUUAAAUCACCAAGCUUGAAAAGCGACAAAGAACUGGAUGACUUUCAGCUCUCUGAAUCAGCAAGGAAGCAUCUGUUGCCGGGAGAUCUAGAAAAAUUAUCGAAGCUUCACAAUAUGUUAUCGAUGGCACAAAUUAAUUUGCUAAAGAAGCAGGAAACAUUGGAAGAAAAUGCCAUAACUCGGAUGCUUGGAUCAGUUGCAAGCCGACACCACCCAGUUCAAAACCGACUGAACAGAGAAGAGGUUGUGCGAGGCAAAUAUCGAGAUGCGAUUCAUGAAGCACUGACGCAAAUCGAGGGUGUGAGAAAAAGCUUAACUAGCCAAGAACAACAACAGUUGAAAGGAAGGCAGCCUAAAAAUGAGCAGUAUAGCAAAGCUAUUCAUGAAGCCUUGAAAGAAGUAGAUUCUGUGAAAAAGAGUCUAAUGCAGACAACAACAUCGUCGAAGGCCUUGACUAGUGCAUUGGCAAUCUCAAACCUUGCCAACUUGUUAAGGGAAAGCACAAAUAUAUUCAACAAAGCAUAUGGUGUCAUGCAUGAUACCUUACCUGGCUCACAAGUGGCAGGGAAUAUGGUGACAGGUGGUUUGCUCAACCCUGGUGCAUCUGGAGUGCUAAUCAACCCAGCAGGGCCUAUGAAUAACAGCAUAAAGCCCAAACGGCCAUCGAAUGAUAUUUAUGCGGAGAUUGGCACGCCGGCAACCAAUGAAGACGAAUCUUCGGAGAAAAAGUCUCUACAUCCAUUGAGAAUUGCGAAUCAUUUUAAACCCAAAAAUAAAGGAUAUAGAACCAUCAAAGAAAUGAAGAGAGGAUACAUCAGAAAGGCUUAGUACUGUCAUAAUUUUUUCAGUUCGAUAAAAAACAGCGAGUGUUUCUGUGACCAUAUUUACUUAGAAGCGUUUGUGAAUGUAAGAAACAUAUCCUAAGCUCAUGGAAGAGAUGAUCUGGAAAGGUACUCAGUGUUUGUUUCUGUGAAACGCAGCCAUACCAGUAGUUUGGGAGGAUUCUCAGUUUAUUAUGGCCUGAAAGACUCUUUGUUUGAAAGCCUCCUUUAGCAAGUUGCUGUUAGAGGAAUACUCAGAGAUGUCUCUGCUCCUGUUCUCUCCAGAAACUCCCGCAAACAUUGAUUAUCUCUUCAAAGCUUUUUCAUAGAUUCCGUGAAUGCUCUUUUUUACUUAUAAACAUUUAUUUAUAUCCCUUAAUGGAGAUAUUCGUGUUAAUUUUAGUUUGAUAUGAAUCAAUAUCGUUAAAGGUGUUAAUCACUUAAUUGGAUAUAUUUUAUUCAGGUGCAAUGCGAUGUUUUCUGGCCUGAAAAAGCGUUAUGAAAUACCUGUAAAUGAGCACAUUCAGUUAAAUUUGUCUCAAAUCGACUGAAAUAUGGCCACAUGAGCAAAGACUAUAUCCCCAUUAAAGUCACUACAAUCUGAUCUUAGUUCUAAAGACUAUGAACAAGGACAAACCACCAGUACUUUCACUUGCUAUUUCUCAGGCACAUGGCAACAGACUUCUACCCAUUUUGCAUUUUCAAAGGUAUUUUAUGGUGCUCUUUUAGGUAUUGUAGUCAAAAGUAAAAGAUUCUAAGGAUAUAUUUUCUUAUGACGUCACACUUUAAGGCUCUAUUUUGUGCAUAAGAAAAUUCAUAUGUUUCUAGUACAUGAAAUAUAGUUGAAUAUCUCAUGUUAACGCUGUAUUGCAAUGGUGGAACCAUUUAUAUGAAUCGAAUAACUUUUCAGAGAAGUAAGGAAUUGUAAAUUUUAAUUUUUCUCUAUCUGUUUAUAAUGAAAUCACUAUAUUGUAAAAAUUGUUUGUGAAUGUCUCCAAACAUAAUCCUUUCGAUUUAAGAAAUUUAUAUCCUCUGUCGUUGCAAUUUGAUUCUACUGGGGGCGUACAUUUAUGUUGAAUUGCCCAUUAUGGAAAGAAACCCAAAAAACCCUAUUAUUUCUUUACUGCAUCUUUGCGACACAUUUACUCCGCGUAUGUGCGGAGGCGCUUUCCCAUAAUGCAUAGUUGGCUUAGAAAAUUGCGGGAAGGACGAACGAAGGGCACAUGCACAAGUUGUUUCUUCUGAAUUCGCCUGUUAGGUCAAAUAUCAAGCAAUUAGAGGCUUGCUGACAGAAAAUACAAUGAAAUCUGGUAAGUUCCAAUAUAAUUUUUUUCUUUUAAUUCACUUGGCAACCGUUUUGAAUUGAAAUUGGGAACACCAAAAUCAACAAGGCCUUU